AUGGCUGUUUCUGGGUUCGAAGGAUUUGAGAAGAGGCUCGAGCUAAACUUUUCCGGUGAUGAUCCGGCAAUCGGAAUAGGUUUCCGUCAGCUGGACUUUCAGUCUCUUGAGGAAGUAUUGCAUGCAGUGCAGUGCACAGUAGUUUCAGCACUUGGAAAUCAGUAUUUUGAUUCUUAUGUAUUAUCAGAAUCAAGCCUGUUUGUGUACCCUACAAAAAUCAUAAUCAAAACGUGUGGGACCACCCAAUUGUUAAAAUCCAUCCCUCCAUUGCUGCAUCAUGCUGCUACAAUGGACCUUAAAAUCUGUGCAUGCAGAUACACCAGAGGAAAUUUCAUUUUCCCUGAAGAACAACCUUACCCACAUACAAGUUUUGAAGAGGAAAUUGUUUAUUUGGAGGAGAACUUGCCUGAAAAUCUUUGCUGUAGAAAAUCUUCUGUGAUGCCUUCAAAGUUAUCUUCUCAUUCAUGGCAUGUAUUCUCAGCUUGUGAUCAAUCUCAAACAAUGAUGCAGAAGAGCCCAUAUGAUGAUCAGCUCUAUACUGUGGAAGUUUGCAUGACUGGGCUGGAUAGAGUUCUGGCCCAGAAGUUUUUCCGACGUCCAAAUGACGGUCAAACCGGAGAUUCCGCCGGAAAAGAGAUGACGGAAUCAGCGGGCAUAUGUGACAUCAACCCUAAUGCACUUAUAUGUGACUUUGCAUUUGAUCCAUGUGGAUAUUCUAUGAAUGGCAUUGAUGGUGAUCGUUAUUCGACAAUCCACAUUACGCCCGAGGAUGGAUUUAGUUAUGCAAGUUUCGAGUGUGUGGCCUCUAUGUACGACGAUAUUGCGGAGGUGUUGAACAAGGCAGUGCAAGUUUUCCGGCCUGCGACAGUGACAGUGGCAACCACAUGCACCAGCCAUGAAGUGUGGAUGCAAGUGGCAAAGGCAAUCAAACCACUUGGAAUGAAGUUCCGAAGUUGCACCGUGGAUGACUUUCCAGCUACCGGGAGUGUCGUUUUCCAAGUGUUCACGUGUCGAAAGAAAUAA